AUGACAAACAACAAGAAUUGUUGCCUUGUGGAUUGUUCGAACACGUACAGCAGAUGUCCACCAGGAACACGCUUCUUUAGCUUCCCUACAAGACCGUGUUACGUGCACCAGAGGCAGGAGUGGAUUCGUGCUGUUCGUCGUUGCAACUCUGACAAAUCAAGCUGGGUACCAACGAAGAACUCGCGUAUUUGUAGUGAACAUUUUUACGGUGGUGUCCAGUCGAAAGAUCCGUCAUCUCCGUCGUACGCGCCAACCAUUUUCCCUGCUCGCUACAGAAUACGGAACGCAAAUUUGGAGGGGAGAGCAAGCAGGUAUGAAAGGCACAAGAGAAGGGUGUCCAAGCCAGUCGAGUCGUGUGGCUCAGAAGUCUACCAGUACGACGAAGAACCUCCGUCACCUAUGGACGCCGAGCCGCUUGUAAAUUGCACAGCAGCAGUGCGUGAGGUGUCAUACAUGGCUGAUGUUGAGCCUGUGGCAGCCCCUGAUAAACGUGAUGUGGGUGUAGACACUCAAAGCCUUCCAGAAGUACAACCAAGGGGAUUUCAUGGCUACACAACACUGCUGCAAUGUGACGACAAGGAGAGCAUCUUGAGGGACCUUGGAGGAGCCUCGUUUGCUGUGUUCAUGCUGCUCCUCAAAUUUCUGACUCCGUACCACAAUUAUUUUCAGACCAGAGAUGCCCGGUGCAUGGACCUCAGCAUGGGAGACAAGCUGCUUCUGUUUCUAAUGAAGCUGAAACAUGGCUUGACCUUUUCUGCACUUGGAGUGCUUUUCAGUGUGCACAGAACGACAGCAUCACGUACGUUUUACUAUGUACUGGACUCAUUAACUUCUAAGACAUGGGGAUGGGUGAGGUGGGUCUCAAGGGAUGUCGUUCAAGAAACAAUGCCAGGAACAUUCCGUGCUACCUAUCCUAACUGCAGGGUCAUUAUUGACUGCACUGAGGUGCCCACUGAACAGCCCACAACAGUUUCAGACCAGGUAAACACCUGGAGUAAUUACAAACAUGACUUCACUAUGAAAUUUCUGGUUGGCAUUAGUCCAAGUGGGCUAGUGUCAUUUGUAUCUUCUGCAUAUGGUGGAAGGGCUAGUGAUACACACAUAGCUGGAAACUGUGGUAUUCUGAACCUUCUUGAACCAGGUGACAUGGUCAUGGCGGACAAGGGCUUCCCACAUAUACAUUCGAGUCUCCUAGAAAAACGUGUCACCCUUGAAAUGCCUCCUUUCGGAAGAAUGGGGCAGCAGUUUACAGCAGCUCAAGUAGAGAGGACCUACAGAAUAGCAUCUCACCGCAUCCAUGUUGAGCGGUGCAUACAACGAAUUAAAAUGUUUUCUAUCCUGAGGGACCGCUUAACACCAGAGCUGAGGUUUCAUGUUGACAAAAUUGUACGCAUGUGCUGCGUUCUUGUUAACUUGCAAAACCCCAUUUUAAAUACCUAA